GGUUUGCUUGGCAUCUCGGAAAUGUGCAUUUAGCAGGUAAUUCAGUGAUGCCUGGUUGCGACUCGCCAAAUCAUGACAAGUUGUAUAAAAAUGGAUAUGUCUGCCAAUUUCAAAUGGAAGGAAAAACUAAUAAUCAACCUGAACAAGAUUUAGGCCAAAGAGUUAUCUUAGAUUUAACUCGAGACUUGAUAGCAAAAGGAUAUCACGUUUUCUUUGACAACUUUUUAACUCUGUGCCAUUACAGAAAACACUGCAAGCAGAACGUAUUUAUGUAUGCGGCACUGUCACGACUAACCUAAAAG